AUGCUCACCGAAGUCCCUGCCGAGGCUACCGAAGACGAUGUCAAGAAGUCGAUCCCGGCGAGCAUAUCGCCUAGAAACGUGCAGACUGGGACCCGAGCUUUAGCUACGACGCUGAGACGGCAAAUGCUCUUACCGCUCGAGUGGUGGGAGGAUGCCGUGUUUGGAGGCAAGCGUGCUAAGGCGAAGGCUCGGUUUCAGGACGAUAGCGAUGCUGCCAAGGCGGCCUCCCUGCUCGACGGAUGGGAGCUACCAUUCCACAAGAAGGGCAAGCUUACUGUUCAGGCCAUCUAUUCUACACGAUUCUAG